AUGUCCAGCCUUCAAGGUAAAGUUUGCUUAGUUACUGGAGCAACGCGAGGAAUUGGCAAAGGUAUCGCUGUCAUACUUGGCGAAGAGGGUGCUACGGUUUAUAUUACAGGACGUACUCUUGAAGCCAAGCCAGGCUUAUCUGGAUCAUUAAAAGAAACUGCCCAGGAAAUUGAUGCAGCUGGUGGUAAAGGUAUUCCUAUCCAGUGUGAUCACUCUAAAGAUGAAGAUAUUGCCAAAUUAUUUGCAACUAUUGCAAAAGAACAAGAUGGUCGAUUAGAUAUCUUGGUCAAUAAUGCAUACGCUGGAGUCCAGGCUAUCUUUGACAACUCCCAAAAGAAGUUUUGGGAACAGCCCGACAACAUGUGGGAUACUAUUAAUGGAGUUGGUUUGAGAGCCCACUAUAUCGCAACAUGUCAUGCCUCAAGGUUAAUGGUUCCUCGUAAACAAGGUUUAAUCGUUAACAUUUCCUCGGCUGGAGGUUUACGAUACCUCUUUAAUGUUGCUUAUGGUAUUGGAAAAGCUGGGGUGGAUAGAAUGGCUGCAGACUGUGGUUACGAGUUAAAAAAAUCUAAUGUUGCCAUGGUGUCUUUAUGGCCCGGCCCUGUUAAAACUGAAUAUGUAUCUAAAAACUUGAAUGAGCGAGACGAGAUGAAAUCGAUAUUCAGCGAUGCAGAAGAUCCAACAUUUAGCGGAAAAGCAGUGGUGGCUAUGGCAAAUGAUCCUAAUAUUAUGAAAAAAACCGGAAAGAUAGUAACCACUGCUGACUUAUCAACCGAAUAUGGGUUUACUGAUAUUUCUGGAAAUCGUCCCUCCAACAUUCGUAGUGUGAAAGAUAUGCUAAAAUUCUCUGGAUCAAAUCUGGCACCUAUUGUACCAGGAUGGAUUCGGCUACCAUGGUGGGUUAUUGCAGCUACAACGCACAAGUUUUAA